AUGAGUAAGGUAGAAAGGUUUGAAGGUUUGGGAAUGGAGGGACGUCGCAAGGAGGAAGAGGCUGCGCAGGGGUUUCUGAAAAACGUGUUCGUCUUCUCCACUGCCGUCGUUUCGGUUUCUCAAAACCAUUUCGCACGCGAGGGAUAUGAGUCAUUCAAGGUUUAUGACAGCGACAAGCAUGUUAGUGAACUCAAUGCCGAGCAAGAGGAAGAAUUUCUCGUGCUUGUGGUGCUGUUGGGGAUCUACGACGCGUGCUUGGCAAUGUUGAACCUGCGAUGGGUGGCUUUUUCGUGGGUCCCACUCGUCCCCAACCCCUUCUUCCCCAGCUUCAACUACGUUGGCCUUUCGGGUCUCGGGGUUGGAGGCACGCAGCUUAACAUAUCCGAAGAUCUUUAUCGUGUGACAGAUUUAGGCGAUGAAGGGGCCGUGAUGGACACUGGAAUCACCGUCACGAGACUUCCGAUGGUGGCUUACGGUGCCUUCCGGGACGCCUUUGUGGCGCAAACAACCAACCUGCCCCGGGCACCAGGAGUGUCCAUUUUCAACACGUGUUAUGAUUUGAACGGGUUUGUGACGAUUCGGGUGCCCACAGUGUUGUUUUAUUUCUCGGGCGGGCAGAUCUUGACCAUCCUGACUCAAAAUUUCUUAAUUCCGGCGGAUGAUGUGGGAACUUUCUAUUUUGCAUUCGUUGCUUCUCCUUCUGCCCUUUCCAUAAUAGGGAAUAUUCAGCAGGAAGGGAUCCAGAUUUCGGUUGAUGGAGCCAAUGGUUUUCUCGGAUUUGGACGCAAUGUCUGUUAG